CGUGUUCCAGCAGGUCUGAACAGGAAUUGGGGGCAGUGUUGUGCUAGGAGUCUGGAGAGCCUUGCCAUUGCCAUCCCUCGUUGUAAAAGGUAAAGGUAAAAUAAUGACGCUGCUCGGGAGUUUUUCAGAGCACACAGCGUUCUGCCCGCGGCUGUAGAGUGCCAGACUUGCCACUAGCACCAGAAGUAGUGUCCUUCAGGGUUCAGUGGUGGUGUGGCAGCCUUGUUUUACAUAUUCAAGGGAGACCAACACUAAGAGUCAAAACACAGUUGAUGGUAUAACUAUUCAAAAUUGAGAGAUGCCAGAAGUGAAGCAGCAAUGCCGAGUGUGUGGGGGCGAGUCCUUCACCAUGGCCCAUGGCAUGAAGGUGUGCGACCAGUGUGGCCAGCAGGAGGAGCACUUUGUCGAGCUGCUGAGUCAGGAGAAUAUUGGGGAGGUGGAGCGCUCCCGCCUGCUCACCACACGCCUGCAGGAGCCUGAGGACGAGGGAGCCGCCCACCCACCCACCUCUCGUGAGAAAAAGCUGAACAACUGGACGACUUAUGAGGCAUACAACAUCAUCCUGUAUGAGUGGACCAAGGCAUUGUGCAAGCUUGGGGCAUCACCUAAAGUGGAGGCGAUAACCUUCAAGCUGUGGGUUGCCUAUCUUCAGCGCAUUGGCAUCGCCUUCUCACAAGCAAGACAAUCAUUUCCUCUCUCUUCCUUAAAAAAUAACAGAGACAAGAAGCUCAUCUACGAGAAGGCUGAGUCUGUCUCCAGCAGGUCGCUCCACUCCUACUCCCGCCGCAGAAAGAAGAAAAAAGCAGCACGCACAAAACUGGACAAAAUAAAAGACAGGAUUGAGUCGAAGAAAAUAAGGAAUGCUGUGAACAAUAAGCAGAACUCAAGUUUCAUGAACACCACCCUUGCUAGUGAACUAAGCAAGUCGCUGAAUGAGUUUGAAGCUUCCAUGGUUUCAGAUUCUGGCACCUCCUGUACUCCAUCUCAAGCUGCAGAGUCAAAAUUGAAUACAUCAUCAGUCGGAACUGGGUUAAUUUCCACAGUGGAUGGGAGGAGUCACUAUGGGGCCCUGGAGAGUGAGUUGGAGAUGGAAACAGAUGAUGUACCUCAAGUACCAAGAAAACAGAUACGGCGUGACGAUGUGGUCAGGAACUGGAUAAAACGGUCUACCCAUAUAUACGGCUCAGACUCGGAAGGGGAACAAUAUCAGAAAAAUGGGGAAGAAAAAGACGAAAGUGAGAGAAUGGAACAAGAUUGUUGUAGUGAUGAUUACCACAGCUUUGAGACAGUAUCAACAAAGAGCCGUAAGUCUCAGCCGCAAAACACUAGAAAGAAGAAACGAGUGAGGAGUCUCAAGAGUAAGAAGGUGAAUUAUAACAUCCUUUACAAGAAGGCAGUGCAGGCAGCCAAUGAGGUCUCUGUGUACCGUGCCUCCAGACUGCCCUUCAUCAUGCGGUUCUCAAAGUUGCUGGGCAUCCUGUACCUGGCCGUGCUGCUGGCAGAGGACGACAUCCUGCUCUCAGACAUCAUCAGAUGGUGUCGAGAGGGCCACAUUCCCUAUUUCUCAGCACCUUAUCUCCUUCAGUCAGAUAUGGAGUUGGGUUAUUAUGACCUCAUAAUGCUGAGGGACUCCAAGAAGCUCCCUGAUGCCCAGGAGGUGCAGGCCAUCACUGGGCGGCUGGCAGCAUUCCUCAGCAUCCAGUAUGUGCCUUUGCCUCCUGUAGGGCGUGUCAUGAGGAAGUUUGUCAAGCUGCUGAACCUGCCUGAUCAAGUGGUAACCAUUGCAGAGAGCCUCAUUGGACUGGUGGAUGACACACAGGUGGGGCUGGUUAUACCUCCUGUUGAAAGCCUGGCAAUGGCAUCCAUCAUUUUGACACUGAAGGUGUACUGUGGCCUGGACACCAACACAGAGGUCAUGCUAUCCUGUGCUGCUGCGGCAAUCAGAGCCAAGAUGCCACAUCACACCUCAGUCAUUCCCUUCUCCUGGCAGGACUGGCAGAAACACAUCUCCUGCCUGGUGUGGGUGUGCUGCCAGGUGGAUGCCCCCACAGCCUUCCACUGGCAGCGGCUCCAUGACAUGUGCUACUUCAGUGCCUCGCUGUUCACCAGGUUCUUCUGGAGGGAAGGCAUGUGGAGGAUUCCUCGCACGUCAUGGGCAAAAAAGGUAGAGCUGCAGGCCUUUACUGAAAAACUCCUUCAGCAGCAGGGCCUCUCACUGGAGGAGGUGAUCAUGCAACCCCCCCUCUUCCCGGCCUCACGGCAGCCCCUCCGCAGCAUUAUUGACCAGCUCACCCAGAGAAAUGGUGCCACUGAAGCAGAAAUCCACAAGUACACUAAGGUUGCUGAGGAACUGACAGAGGAGUCUUUUGCCACACACAAGCUGAACUGGUUUUGUGAAAUGGAAUGCUUUGUCAAGGAGCUGCAAAGGUGUGGCAUGAAGACUGAAAUGAUGCUUUUUAAUGAGAAGAAAAGAGGUGGAAUUUUGUGUUGCUUCCAGACUGCAAACUAUGAUGCUGGAGGCAGGAAUGACAAUGGGACAAAUACAACACAGGAAUUCUUCAUCCCUAAUCCUCUGAAGAAUGUGUGGAAAGUCAAGCAGAAGGAAACUUCUUCCAGAGCAGGGUGGGACAAGGUGUUGCCCACCCUGCCAUCAAGCUUCCAGUGGCUGGUGGGUGUUGGUAGCCACAUAUGUGAGGCCCCAGAGGUGCAGUUGUUGUCACUUGUGUGUCUGCUGCAGAAGAAAGUAAAGAAAAUUGGGUGACAUGGUUGUGUUCUUCUUUCUUAUAUCUUUUAUCUACUUUAUGAAGAAUGUACUGGUGAAAAGUGUACAUAUUUAGUUCUUUAUGACACUCAGCAAAACACAUUUCGCUGACAUUUUAUCAACAAGCAGUGUCAUGACUGGCUACAGCAGGUGUGAUGGCCGCAGGUGUUUAUUUCAAGCAGUGCAGGGAGUGUGAGGUGGCAGCACCAGCACAGGCGUCAUCCACCUUGAUGCAGGGCGCCUGUGCUUCCUGUGUGCCUUCUUAUUGUAGAGAGCAAGUCUGUUAAACAUCAGAGAAGAGACAGUCAAUGCAAAAAGGGAGAGGGUUGUAUAAAUUGUCCAAUGCAAGUAGGGAAAAUAAACGGUCAACGAAAUGAUGAUGAUGGUUACUAGAGGAAGUAAGAAAACGCAAAUAAAAGAAAAUCGGUC